AUGGAUAAGAAAAUUAUAAAGUUUAAGGAAGAGAUCAAGAGGAUUGAUGAUAUAGUCAGCAAUAGAAUAUAUGAUGGAACACUGGAGGCUAGAAAAAAGGCAUUGGUUAAGUGCUGUGAGCGAUGGUAUGUGAGAAAAGAAGUACAUUGGAAGCAGAUGUCGCGGUCUCAGCACGUAAAUGAUAUGGACAGAAAUACAAGAUACUUCCACAAUAUAGUUUCAGCAAGAAGGCGGAACAAUAGGAUUGAUACUCUAGUUAUCAACGGCAGGCUGGUUCGGAAUCAAGCUAGAAUAAAGGUGGCUAUCAGAGAGUUUUAUAAGGAUUUAUAUCAUCAGGAAGACUCUCCUAUUAUGCGUUUCAGAGAUGGUCUGGUGGUUCAAAUAGGUGAGGAGGAUGCAAUGGCUCUAGAAGUGAUGCCGUCGGCCGAGGAGAUCAGAGAGGCUGUGUGGGACUGUGAGUCCUCCAAGGCGCUAGGGUAUGACGGAUACAACAUGAACUUCAUCAAGAGAUGUUGGGAUGAGAUUAGUUUUGAAUUCACGGCUGUAGUGAUGGGGUUUUUUCAGACGGCCAGGCUACCGGCGGAUGCCAAUAUCACUUGGGUGGCGCUGGCACCUAAAUUCAUAGGUGCGAAGGAGAUUAAAGACUUGCAACCUAUCAGUAUGGUAGAGGCUGCCAUAAUCAAGCUUGACUUCCAAAAAGCAUAUGACAGUGUCAAGUGGAGCUUUGUGAACAUUGUGCUGCAAAAUAUGGGAUUUGGGCAUAAAUGGAGAGCAUGGGUUAUGGAGUGUGUAGCUACUGCAUCUAUGUCGGUGCUGAUAAACGGCUCGCCGUCUAAGCCUUUCAACAUGGAAAGAGGUUUGAGACAAGGUGACCCACUAUCUCUGUUCUUGUUUGUACUGGUUGUGGAUGUACUGCACCGAAUGAUUGGAGAGGCAGUGAGUAAUGGUCGUAUAUCACCGUUGCUGAGAAGAUUCCUGUGGAAUUCAGAAGAGGGUAGGACUGGUAUGGCAUUAGUAAGGUGGGAAGUGGUGCAGGCGCUGAAGAAAUUAGGUUGGCUAGGAGUUGGGGAUGCUAUAGUUCGUAACACAGUGCUGUUGUUUAAGUGGUGGUAG